AUGGCGUCCGGGCAUUCGUCCGCCUUCUUCGACCUGGAAACAUUUGAUUGGACUCAGACUCUUUCGGUAUCGUCCGAUGAUGCGGUUGCACUGGAGAGCGAUGGUACUAAUGGAUGGUUUUCGAUUCAUACCGCGCCGGAACAUGGAAUAGUGCCUGUGAUGACAGCUGACAUUGCUAGCACAUUUUCACCACCGCAAAGUCCUUACUCCGUCCCGAAUCCACUGCGCUCAGAAGCUCAUCCAAAACUAGUCAGCAAGCAAGGAGAAGCGAUCGCAGAAAUUGAAGAUGUUCUACAUGAUCACGUUCUUGAUCCACGAACUAACUCCUAUCGGCCCCCCGUGCCAUGCGAUUACUGUCGAAAGCAUCGCUUACAAUGCCUGAUCAUUCGUACGACGAAAGCAAACCCCAACCCGAUCGCCGCAUGCUCCAGCUGCGUCGCCUUGUUUAGGAGUUGCAGCUUGGCAGACAAAACAAAAAGGCACCCUUCGGACUUUGAGACAAACUACCCGGUUGUCGGUGGGCUUCAUGGUAUCACAGAGGCAACUGCAUCCGCCGGCGGACUCAUGCAAUCCUCUUCAAAAUUGAUGGGAAGCCCAGAAGAUGCGUGGAAAACCCAGCCACUAGCGGAACAAGGCUGUCUACUCCCAAAAAGAACAAGCUCUCGCAUGAAAGGCCAUACGAAAGCCCUACGACAAUGGUUUUUUGCCCAUUCGGAUCACCCUUAUCCAUCCGAGGAAGACAAACAAGAACUGGCGCAUGAGACGGGUCUUACGAAGACACAGAUACAAAACUGGUUCAUCAAUGCGCGGAGGCGGCAGAGAGUUCUUGACAAGAGUCGCAAGUCUAGUAUGACUCGAUCGGGCUCGCCAAUGCCUAAAUCAUUACUCUCUGACAUGACACCCUUCCAGCGAUGGCGUAGUUCUCCCCCAGAGGAUGACCACGCGCCUCUAGAUCUGGUCAUGCAGGCUGCGACAUCACAGCCAGGAGCCUCGAAUAUUGCGUUCAACGACCAAGCUAUCGAUCAAUAUAGACCGCACAACUCCUUUGAUAGCCGCUCUACUUCCACAUUCGCAUCAUCUACUACGUACUCGGAUUCGAACGAGUCUAUCUCCUCGUUCGAGACGUUUCUGUCUACCGACAGUCAAUCAGCGGAACAUGGCCUCGGCUCAGUCCCUGGUACAGGACUGUCAAUCUCGAGAUCCCCAAGUAAAUGCGGUUUAAUGAGGUAUCAGUGUACAUUCUGCACGAGCUCCUUUAAAAGAAAGUCCGAUUGGUGUCGCCAUGAAGUUUCCAUUCAUGUUCAACUUGAUAUGUGGGUCUGCCAGCCACAAGAUUCAACCGUGUGGAAAUUCGAUUCUCUUCACCAGCAAUGUAAUUACUGUGGCAUCGAGCUGCCUUCUCAAGAACAUAUCGCAUCUCACGAUUUCGAAUCGUGUGCAGAACGGCCACUUGGAGAGAGGGUCUUUGCUCGUAAAGACCACUUGUUGCAACAUUUGAAAAAGUUCCACGGCUGCCAUAAAUGGCCCGGUCAGGCUCUGAAUCUACGUCGUAGUCGACAUACGAUACUGAAUAGUCGGUGUGGGUUCUGUGCCGAAACAUUUGUCACAUGGAACGAACGUGUGGACCAUUUGGUGCGUCAUUUCAAGCAAGGUUCACAAAUGAAGCAGUGGAUUGGCGACUGGGGGUUUGAUCUCGCUACAAUGCAGUCAUUAAGGCGCGCUAUAUUGCCUGUCGAUCGGUCAGAUAAUCUGGCCGAUGCGCAAAGUGUAUCAGAUGAGUGGUUCAACGAAUAUCUGGUUGAUUGA